AUGGCCAAAAUUUCAGAUUCUCUUGUAAUUGGGAGAGUGGUCGGAGAUGUUGUUGAUUAUUUCUCUUCAAGUGUUAAGAUGAUUGUCACUUACAACUUCAGAAAGCAUAUCCAUAAUGGCCAAGAGUUGUUUCCUUCUCUAGUGACCUCGAAACCUAGGGUUGAGGUUCCUGGAGGUGAUAUGAGAUCCUUCUUUACCCUGAUAAUGACAGACCCAGAUGUUCCAGGUCCUAGUGAUCCACACCUGAGGGAGCACUUGCACUGGAUAGUCACGGACAUUCCAGGCACAACAGAUUCGUCAUUUGGAAAAGAGGUGGUGAGCUAUGAAGUACCAAGGCCAAACAUAGGGAUUCACAGGUUUGUGUUUGUCCUCUUCAAGCAAAAAAAAAGACAGACAGUGGUCACUGCACCUUCUUCAAGGGAUCAAUUCAGUACUAGAAAAUUUGCAGAGGAGAAUGAGCUUGGCCUGCCUGUUGCUGCUACCUUCUUCAAUUGCCAAAGGGAAACAGCUGCGAGAAGACGUUGA